AUGAACAAGGAUCGGAUCUUUCAAACCUUAAAGAAGGACGUGCGCUCGUUGCUGAUUGCCGCCAAGCUUGGCCUCAGCAUUCAUGAACUUGAGCAUGACUACCGCAUGAUGAUCGGUUCACCACUUCCAGUCAGGUCCUUAGACUACAGGUCAACCAUGGAGCUUCUUCUGGAUAUGCCAGAUGUGGUGAACAUCAGCACUAAUUUUGACGGCACUGUGCUGUUGUCAGCUGUGGUUAACGAAGAAACAAAAAGUAUCGCAGAGCUGGUGUCUAAACAGAAGACCUCCUCCAAAAAGAAAGGGAUCUCUAAACGCCGCAUAGCAAGACCUGUGUGUCAUGUGGACUUGGUAAGACGGGGGAGAAUAGGCCCUGUGCUGCCUGCAUCAGUGAAAAGUGAAUUGCGGGAUCUCCUCUCCAUAUCGCCAUUACUGGUGUCUCAGUUGGAAGGUGCCUUCUACAAACGAUUUGGUCGGAGUUUUCAGUAUACCCGAUACGGCUUCUAUUCCUUAAUAGAAGUCCUUAAGUCCGUGUCUGACUUUGUGCAGGUGAAGCAGACCAGAGCCGGAUCGUUACUGAUGCUUAAGACUCCAGUUACAAUCAAUACAUUAAAAUGCUCAAGUUUUCAAUAUUCAGACUCAGGAAAUGUCUCCAAAGAGACUAUCUGUGGUAAAGAGGAAAAAACCUCUCCAAAAACAUCACUUGUUGCAGAGAGUCCGUUGCCGCCUGCAGUCCCUCAAUCUGCUGGUGUUACAGCCUUGGAUAAGCUCUUUAUGGAAGCAAGUGCACAAUACUUUGCCAGCCACCCAUCUGCUAGGAGCACCAAUGCAGGGAAAAUGCUUUCUGAAACGUUUGACAAGGAUUUCAAACUCAGUUUAUCGCACACAAGCGUUGGCUCUGUGAUCUCCAGUGAUCUUCGGCAUGAUAUAAAACAUGUUGUUUGUAAGCACGCUGAGGGACUCCAGGUUUCACAUCUGCUAACUGCUUUUAAGCAAUACACAGGAAAGGACCUGCCGUUUCGAGAGAUGGGAUUUAUGUCUGUACUGGACCUUGUAGGAUCCUUGGGUGACAUGCUUUAUUUGGAAGGCUCAAAAGAUGGUCAAGAUUGGCGACUUUUUGACAUUGAAUCGAAAAGCAAGAAGAAUGUAGAUGAUGAGAAAUGUGAUGAGAAAGAACUUUCUGCUGAUUACAUUUCCAGAUGGAAUGUCUUUACCCAGAAAUCAGAAAGGAUGAAACCACCAGCGAUACUUUCUCUAGCAGAUGGGAAGAACUUGUGGUGCCCUGUGGAUGUGCCAGUCUCUCUACAAGAGAUCCCACCUGAUGCUGUGAGAAGGCAAAAGCUUUGCAGCUUAUCUCGUAUGAAACGUGGCUUCAUGCUGGGGGUUUAUGUGGAGAACGUGACUUCUCCAAGUGACUUCUACAUCCGGUGUUAUAGUCAAAACACCUCUCAGAAGCUGGAGGACAUGAUGAUAGAAAUGAGAUUCUGUUAUUCAAAUGAAAACGUGUCCAGCCGUUACGUCGUGCCUGAUGAAUAUGUUAUCGUUGGUGAAAUCUAUGCGCUCAGUGUAGAUGGAGACGUGUGGUGGUACCGAGUGAUUGUCCAUGCGUUCAUCAGUACUGAGGAGGUUCAAGUCUUCUAUCCUGACUUUGGUACUUUGGCCACAGCGAAAAGACGCUGGCUGCGUUUUCUCAAAGCGUGCUAUAUGAAGCUACCAGCCCAGGCAGUGCCCUCUGCGUUGGCUUACUUGAAGCCAGACAAGGAUCAGUGGUCAGUUGAAGCCAUUAAGAUUUUCCAAAAUCAGUGUGCACGUGGCCCUUUGGUUGGAGUGGUGCUUCAGUACGUUUCAGACCAGUUGUGCUUGUUCCUUUGCAAUACGUCAACUGAUCAGGACAUUUACCUGCACCAAGACUUGAUUAAUGCAGGACAUGCCAGGAUGGCUGAAGAGCCAGGGUUUUACAAGACACGUAACCCAUAUGUGCACUACCUCACUCAGUCUUCAGAGCAACCACAAGAGAUAUCCAAGGAUACUUCAGGGCAGAGUGAAAGCAGUACAGCAGAACCUCUGGACGUCCACCUGCAAGAACCUGAAUUGCACACUAUAGUGAAAGAGGAGCCUGAACCUGAGUUACCCUACUUAGAAGCCUUUCCUGUGGGUGAAGAUAUAUGGGAUGAGAAGUGGUCUUUGUCUGGCAGCAGCACCACAUCUCUUAAUGAUGCUUUAAAAUCAUCUUCAAAUAAUCUAGGCAAACAAGAGAAGAAACCCAAUGUUGAGCAAACAAAUGUUUUUAAGAGAAGAUCUCAUGGAGAACAAGUCUCUCAACCUCUGGAGGAAUUUUAUAUCUCUCUAAUUGAGUCUAAAAACACAUUGGAGAAGUCGUCCAUUCUUCAGUCUCCACCAAGGAACUGGGAUGAGUUUGAGAAGACUGCUCAGACUACUAAAGAUCUUCACGAUCACUCUCCACCUGUAACCCCAAAAGAAGAAAAACUGCAAUCACUGGAGGAUAACUGCUUGUUUAAUGAAACCUCAAGUCUCAAUCAAACAGUCAGAAGUGGUAACCCGCUCAUGGGAUUUCAGAAAUUUCACAUCCCAAGGAGUUCAGCAACAGUCGCCCUUGGACCCUCAGCGCGGCUAGCGGCCUGUCCUGGAAGUCUUCUGCACUGGGUUACCGAGCCAGGGAAAGUGUAA